AUGCAUUCCCUAAGCUCCGCCCUUGCGGGUAGCACGUUCGUGCUACUUUUUCUCUGCCUAUUGGCCUCUGCUCAACCGUUGACUACCCCCAAUCCUGCCCGUGCAUUGCCAGAUGCAUUGACCGGGGGAUCCUCCAUAUUCUCCUGUCCCGCCGCGUCCUGGCCACCCACGAGAAUUGGCUCUCCCAACAGGCCUCAAAGGCCGUCGAGAGAAUUACGGUCGAUCCUCUCCCAGAUUUCACACAAACGAAUCGAAGCCUCAAUCCUCAAGCUCGUCUCCUUUGGGACUCGGCACACGCUUUCUACCCAGACAAAUGCUACUCACGGCAUUGGCGCCGCGCGGGAUUGGAUCGCGUCCGAAUUCAAACGCUAUGCAGAUGCGAGUGAUGGCCGUUUGAGCGUUGAUGUCAUAGGGUACGAACAGCAGCCAGACGGAAACAGAAUACCGUUCCCGGUGCGAAUCAGCGAUGUAGUUGCAACACUGAAGGGAACGGAAGAACCAGAGAGAAUAUAUCUCAUUUCGGGGCAUUACGACUCCAGAGUUACUGAUGUCAACGAUUAUACAAGCUUUGCGCCAGGGGCUAAUGAUGAUGCCUCAGGGGUAGCAGUCUCUCUUGAACUGGCCCGCGUGAUGUCGCAACCACACUUCCCUCGCCCGCGGGCAACCCUUGUUUUUGCUGCCGUUGCCGGUGAAGAGCAAGGCCUAUACGGCUCCAGAUUCCUCGCUGAAACAUAUCGUAACAAAUCUGCCAAUAUAGAAGGAAUGUUCACCAACGACAUCGUCGGUUCAUCCACAGCCGACGAUGGCACAAGGGACCCUCACGUCGUCCGGCUCUUUGGACAAGGCCUUCCGCCACUAACUGUCGAAGACCAAAAGCAACGGGAAACUCGUCUUACUAUUGGCGGUGAAAACGAUACCCCAGCCCGCCAAUUAUCCCGGUUCGUGAAAGAAACCGCCGAAAAUGAGCACACCGAUAUGCGCGUCUCUGUGAUCUACCGACUCGACCGUUAUCUGCGUGGUGGUGAUCAUCGGCCUUUCCUGGAGGCCGGAUACCCCGCGGCACGCUUCACUGAGCCUCAUGAGAACUUUGCACACCAGCAUCAGGACGUGCGUGUGGAAACCGAUCCGAAAACAGGACGCAAGAAGCAGUACGGCGAUCUACCCGAGUUCUGCGACUUUAGAUAUAUUGCGCGUGUGGGAAAAGUCAAUGCCGCAGCGCUCUGGAGUUUGGCGAAUUCUCCUGGAAUGCCGCGCAACGUGCGUGUAAGCACGAGAGAUCUGUCUAAUGAUAGCAAGUUUUUCUGGGACCCGCCAGUUGGUGGGAAUGAAGGCGUAGGGGGCUAUGAGAUUGUGUGGCGGAGCACAGUUGCGCCGUUCUGGACGCAUGUUCUGGAUGUGGGCAUGGCUAGAGAGGCAACCGUUGACCUGAGCAAAGACAAUGUGAUCUUUGGGAUACGGGCAAGGGGGAAGAAUGGAGAGCGAGGUGUGGCUGUUCUGCCGUUUCCAGCUUAA